ACACAGAGGAUUGGUCAGCGGUGUGAUUGACAGGCUGGCUGACCUCCACACCUCCACCCACCACUCUGCAGCAGUAUAAAUGCAUCUGCAUCAUCAUCAUCAUCAUCAGCCUGGACUUUCUGCAAACACGACACAGGACUUGUGCUGGGACUGACCCUGAGACCUAACGGCUGAAGAUGACUGACCUGGAGACAUCGAUGGCCACCAUCAUCGCAGUCUUUCAGAAGUACUCGGAGAGGGAAGGGGACAGACACAAGCUGAAGAAGAGCGAGCUGAAGGAGCUGCUUCAGGAGGAGCUGCCUGGAUUAAUGGCGCAGCAUGUGAAAGACCAGGCCUCUCUGGACAGCCUGAUGGAAGGUCUGGACACGGACGGCGACUCGGAGUGUGAUUUCCAGGAGUUCAUGACAUUCAUCUCCAUAGUCACUGUCUGUUGCCACGACUUCUUUGCACACGAGGACGAGUAAUUAAGAGAGAGAGAGAUAGGGAGAGAGAGCAAGAGAUGAGAGAGAGAGGGAGAGAGAAAGACCAAGAGAUGAGAGAGAGAGGGAGGGAAUAAGCAAAGCUGAGAGAGAGAGAGAAAGAGAGAGAGAGAGAGAGAGAGAGAAAGAGAGAUAGGAAGCCACAGCAGAGCAUGGUGGGAAAACACAUAUCCAGCCAAUAGCCAAAGCUGAUUAGUCCAGUCUGGCUGCCUGUCACAAAGUUGACUUAGUGUUAGAUGUCCAACUCAUUCACUCAUGUGUGUAGACCACAGUGAAAACAUGUCAGAUGAGUCACCUUUACAGUAUGUGCCUUACAGCAGCAGAUUAGAACCUAGCACACAGGGACAGUGUUUUAUCAUCCAACAAUCACUUAUUCGACUUUCUAGUAGCAAAAACUACAAUAAACAUGUAUACAUUUGAAAGCUGACUAUCAAGUAUUGAAUGUGAAGAUUGUUUUGUGUUCUGAAAUGUCCUGUUUUUUCGGAGAUUUAGCUGCUAACUUGUCACUUCCUGUGUAGCAGGAAGUGAUCAUUUACAAACAAGUUCAAUCUGAUUGGUAGAAAAUUAAUGUUGUCUUGUUUUAACUCUCACUUCCUCUUUGGUCUAAAAUACCUACUAUUUCAAAUAACAACUUCAUGAGUGUGAUUUUGAAUGUAGAUUUGGUAGAAAUUCAAUUUCCCGUUGUUUUGCUUCCUGCUCCAACUCUGGCUUAAAACUACCUAUCAUUUCAAAAACAAGGUUUUGGAUGGAUGUGAUUUUGAAUGUAGGCUCGAUGCAGGUUUGUCAGUUUCUUUGGUGAGACUAAAAUAAUAAACUGUAGACCUGUAAAACGACA